AUGGCUCUACUGAAGUCAGGCUGGCUCUGGAGACAGACCUCUAUCCUAAAACACUGGAAGCUGAAUUGGUGUGACCUGUGGAUCGAUGGAACCCUGGCCUUCUACAAGACGGACAGUAGGCGAGAAUUUGAGCACCGAGUGGGCCUCAAGACCAGCUGUGUGAGUGUCAAGUCUGGCCUGGAGUGUGCAGGUCUCUCUCCCCCAGAGAACCACCCCAGGGAAAACCUGGUGGUGGUGCAGCUUGGAGACAGUACCACAGUGAUCCUGUGUGCCAACAGUGAGGACGAGGCACUAGCGUGGAAAUUGACAAUUCUAGAGGUGAGACGAAACCCAGUAAGUAGCCCAUUUGUGUAUGACCCAUAUAACGACUCCUACCCGUCCGUCCCAAUGGACGGCCACAACACCAUCUACCUGGCUCCUGGAUCAGGUACCCACCACAUACUGAUCCAGAGAGACCCAUACGAUGGCAUAGGAGAACAGGUGGCACUGGGGCUACUGGCGGGCAUGGCGGCAGGUGCUGCUAUGCGCUCCUUUCUCUGGAUGCCCUUCUUUUUCUGCUGA